CAUUUUCUGGUGAAUUCGGAUUCGUUCGAGUUUGUUUGCUUUUUGCUCAGUUUAAAAGUGUGUAGUGUAUAAGUUCGUUUAAUUGACUGAAAUGACACACAAUGGUGAACACUUAUAUAUUACUAAUUUCGACCAAAGUGUAGACAGGAAAUUCCUGGUACAGGAAUUCGGGAAAUUCGGCGAUAUCCGCAAAAUAUACAUUGAAAGUAGUGGAAAGUUUGCUCAAGUCUAUUUCCACAGUAGGGAGGACUGUUGUAUAGCAGCUGAGAAUUUUAAGACAAAUUUGCUAGGGUGGAGGGUUAUCUUUAAAGAAAACUCUAAACCUGCGAACGGUGUAAAAACUAAUUUCUAUGAUAGAGAGCCUAUAAAAACGAACAUGUAUGAAGACUGCCAAGUGAUCGCCGAUCAAUACGUGAACGUAUUCGGUGAUCCGAUUGAAGUAGCUAUCGAUAAUAACGAUGAAGUCUACGUCAGUCUCAACGAUGUCAAAAUGACGGGAUUCUCGAUAUUCAAACGUACAGAAUAUGAUAUGCUUAGGAACAUGGACAGGAAAAUUAUCGUGGCAAAAGAAUUUGACUUGUUUAUGUUGUCACAAGCAAGUGAAUAUUUACUAGACAGAAUGAUAACAUUUAUAAACAAUGAGGAUAUUGUAGAAACUAUAAGCAGGUGCAGAAGCAAACUGGGGCUCGAAUUACCGUCACCGAAAAUUUUCCAACAGCGUCCCCGCCAUAGCAUCGGUAAUCCCUACAACAACAACAUCUCGAUCAGGGUGGAAAAUCAGGAACCUCAUCAGCGUAACAUCAAUUUUCGAACUGACAGUUUCAACAGCCGUCCGUCAGUCGACGGUUUCAACAACCGUCCGCCAACUGACGGUUUCAACAACCGUCCGUCAACUGACGGUUUCAACAACCGUCCGUCAACUGACGGUUUCAACAGCAAUCGUAAGCCUGGCAGUUUUAACAACCGUCAGUCAACUGACGGUUUCAACAGCCAUCGUCGGAAUGACGGAUUCAACAGCCUUCAGUCAUCUGACGGUUUUAACAACCAAAGGUCCGGUGGGCACGAUUCUCGACAACAAAAUAGAGGAGGCGGCGGUAACAGGGACGCAGCGUCGAGAUCUAAAUCGCGAAAUAGGAGUACCAAUAGCAGGACUUCGUUCACGGAUGAUACCGCGGCGCAAAUGAGGCCUCCGAAGAAUCUUCCCAGUAAUUUUACUCCUACGCAUACACAGAGGACCGCUACACAAGAAAACUUUAAGAGCAGACGAACCAACGAGCCUAGCGAGUUUUGGGACAACGAUAAAAAACCAGAGAAUAAACAACAAGAACAAAAAAGAUUUAAAAACUUUGACACCCAGUCACAAACUAGCUCAACGAGUUCUGGCAAGAAACCCAAUUUUCUGAAAAGAAUGGAAACUGUAGAAACCAUCGAAAAAGUCAAUUUAGAAAUUGGAGAAACGUACACUGUGCGUGUAACGGAUUUAGAAAAGGAAAACAUCUGCUGGGUACAAGAAAUUGAAAGUUCUAAAAACAUUGACGAGCUAUUACUGGAGCUGGACGACAUCGCUGCUGAAGCUGAAACGAUCAGUAACGUUACGCAAGGUCAACUGGCUUUAGCUGAUUACGAAGGAGCUUGGUGUCGUUGUAGAGUUAUGAUUACCGAUCCAUUGAACGUACUGUUCAUCGAUUACGGAAACAGGGCAAACGUUACAGAAGUCAAAACACUGCCGCCGAAAUUCAAAAAAACGCCCGCUCUAGCGUGCAGGUUGUCCUUCAAAUCGGCCGGUUCGAUUCAAUUGGAAAACGAAAUGGAACUCAAGGUCAAAGUUAAGCAAAAAUAUGACGAUGACACGUGUGUAGUCGACAUAGUUCAACAGUCUCGGGUAGAAGAUGAGAAAAAAGAAACGCCCAAAACGGAGUCGCCUCCUGCGGCUCGUGAACCCGCCAAGCAGCAACAGGAAGUCGUCAAAGAACCCGCCAAGCAGCAGGAACCCGUCGAAGAAACUUCGGUGAAAGAAAAACACUAUUUCACCAUACCGGAACCGCUGACGGAGAUCCAAAACGGCGACAAGGUCUUGCUAAGCGAUUUGGUCGGUAAUAAGUUUGCCGUGAAAACUAAGGAGUGUGCGUCGAAGAGUAAAGAGAUUUUGGAAUACAUCAAAAGUCUGAAUAAAUGCGAAUUGAUGUUGACGUCGGUCAAAGAAUCUCAAUUGGUGUUGUGCAGCAAGGACGGCAUGCCGAAUUUGUGCAGAGGCGUCGUCAAAAAGAAAGUCUCGCCGACGAUAGUGACCGUCAAAUAUUUGGAUUAUUCCGGCGAGGAUCAAUUGUCCGUCAAAUCUUUGCGAAACAUCGACGAUCGUUUGGCCCGUGAGCCGUGCACUCUUCUCUACACCCCCGAGCUUCCCGUCAUAUCCAGUUUGACCGACAAGAGCCUCAAUUACCUGGAGGGAUUGUUCGAGAAGAAAGAGAAAGCCGUAGUGGUUAUAAACGAAGAUCGUGAUUUCGAUCUUCAGAUGGACGAUAAGUCGCUUUUGUCUGAGAAAUUAUUACUCCUAGAAAAGCCACCUAAAAAGGAGGAAAGUAAACCGGAUAGCGGUCCGGUUACAAGUACGCCGAACAAACCGAAAACAGAGGAAAUUGAGAAACCGAAAAAUCAAACUGAGGAAAAGAAAAUUGCCACGCCUAAAAAAGAAGAUACGCCAGCUUCUAAAAAUGAGGAACCAGUAACAUACGACGACAUGCCGUUCAUUGAAGCAAAAGUUGGCACUACUGGUGGUUACGUUUGCUACAAUAUUACGGACGUCACUGAACUGACGUUGAUAUCAAUGAACGAAGAAGUGUUGACUCAAUUCGAAACCGUUAGCGUACUGGAGCCCGAAGAUGAUGUUCCAUUUGAACCAGAAAAUAUGAAUAUGUGUCUCGUCCUUUACAAGAGUCCCGAAGAAGAAGAUGCUACAUGGUAUAGAGCGGUAGUGUUGGAUAAAGAAGCUGCAGGCUAUGCUGUUUCUAUGGUGGAUUUCGGUACUCAAGCCACUAUUAAAAGUAAAGACAUCAGAAAGUUUCCCAGGAAUUUGAAAGAUAUUCCCAUUAUGGGAAUACUUUGUUCGCUCAAAGACGUUCCCAAUGACGAAAAAUGCAACGCCCGUAUUAAAGAACUGCUUCCAGAAGGCCAGGAAGUCAAAGCUAAGGUUUUGGAAUUCCUUGUCGACGAAAUUAAAUAUGUGAUAGACAUACCAGAAAUAACGGAAACACUAAAGAAGGAAGGACUUUGUAAAUAAACUAUUCCUAGACAACUUUUAAAAUUGCUUAAUUUUAUCGGCAUUUCAAAUCAAAAUAGUUUUGGAGUGUCACAUUUGACAGUAGGCGUAAUCGUAACUGUCACUUUGGCAUGUAAAACUGUUACCGUGGCUAUUCGAAUAUUAAAAUACUAGAAAAAUCAGUUACCUACGAAAAUGACAGUUCGAUACGUAUAAGUGAGUUAAUAGCAUCACAGACUUAAAUAUUGUCCCUUUUCAACUUAAUAAAUUGCUGCUAUAUUUGUAGUAGAUGUAGGACAUGUAACAGUUGACAUAAUAUGUCAUAUUAUGACAUAAAACAGUUGAAGUAGACUAGACGAGAGGCUAAAGAGCACAAGUCAAUCCAUAUCGUUGCGCAAGCGUUCGUAGAAAUUAUUUGUUAGGUUAUUUGAAAUAAAUUAAUUAUCUAUACAACCAAUAUCUCAAAAUACUCGAAUUAUGGUAGCGGUGAAACAUUUUUUCAUAAUUCGUGUAUUUUGAGAUAUUAUAGAUACAUUUAGAGGGGGAUGAUUUUUUUUUUCUUCUCAUAGAUCAAUCUGUCAUAACCGAAGUUAAUUUUCUUGAGUUAAGAGGUUCUAUAUAUAUCGACCUUCUCUGGGGUGGGGGCGAGGUAGAAAUGUGGGAAAGUUGGGCAGUUUAAAAUCGUUUCAGGCGGGGCCUAUGGCCCCGCUUUUAAUAUUUUUCUAUUUCUUACCAUUUAGGGGUGGCAGAGGAAGAGAGGAAAAGUAAUUUUUUUUAAUUUUUCGCUAACCUCUAUCUGUCCAUGUAAUAUUUUCCAUGUCUGUUCAAAAUUAAAGGUUGCUUAUGUUCGCUAUAGGCUAAUUUUAUUUUAACUUCGCAGAUAGUUUUUGGGCUUUAUAUCCACACAAUUUAGGGAGAUUUCCUAUUUCUCUAUACUUGUCUAACGAAAGUGUCAAGAGAUCUAAAACAAUAGCUUAAUGAAUGAGGUGUAUGUGGGAUCUUUUAAAUGGUAAUACUCUUCCUAAUUGUAUCCCAUCAAUAAAUAAAAAUGUAUUUUUAAAAGUAUAUUUUUUUAUAAUAAAACUAUAAAAAACAAAAGUCAUAAUUAUAAAUAAACAAUUCUUGUUUCCCUCGCGAUGAGUUCAACUUUUUGUCUUUGCUAGAACUGCCACGAAAGGUUGGUUAUCUAAAUGAUGACAGCAAUUUAAUGUAUAUGAUGUAAUAAAAAAUGAUAAAGAUAGGUAGUGCAAAUAUGUCGCUACAGUGUAUGUGCCAUAAUGAUAUUUUUACCUGGAUACGAAAAUGUCUCCAUCUCAAACUCGCCUUUAUGAAGACCCACUUUGAGAGUUUUUCCCAAGGUGUAAACCGAUUCUCAGUUUCCAUUGAAAGUCCUCGGGUUUUCCUUUGAUAGUUUUAAUUCCUUAAUAGAUCCAGUGACCAAUGGGCAAAGUUUCUUAUAAAUGUUGCUCUAGGAGUGUGUCCUGACGAAAAAAAAAAAAUGUGAUUGACGUUUCCCGACUUUGAUUAUUCUCAAUAGUUGAAAUCCAAUCUGCAGGAGUCUCUGCUCUAUUUUUUUGGCUUGCUAGAGCGAAAUCUUAAUGCCACUCCAUAUACGAAUGCCUGCGUACACAAAAUGUCAUAUGAAUAGAAUCUAAGCGUUUUUGAAAAUGAAUUGCAUGGUGUCUGGUUGGGUUUACACUCUUCGAGGACAAACACAGGGUUACUAAAAAGCACCUUUAUUAUACACCAAAAUUAUUUAAUUUUAUGUAAAAUAUCGUUGAAGGCAGUCGUUUUUUAGGGGUAGGCGAGAAGAGGAAAAACUAGCUUGCCUUUCUCUCGCAACUUAUUACAGUAGUGAAUGAUUUCGAUGCCGGUCGCCGAUCUGGGGCUCUAUUCUCGAAUGACUGUUUCUAAAUGUCACACGCGUCAUUGAUGAAAUGUCGAGUAAGAACGCAAAAACGUAUUCUCGAAUGGUGAAUUCGACAUUUAUUGUUAGACAUAAGUAUUGUACAAAUUGUUUUUAAAAAUAUGUGAAUUGAUUAUAUAUCAUUUUACCUAAUUUAUCAAUUAUUUGUCAUGUAGGUCCAAGAGAUUUAAUCCGUCAUUAAGAAACUAUUUUUUUAAAUUGUAGGUAAAAAGAUUAUAUCACAAACCUUUUAUAUUGUGUUUAGAUUACUUUUUCUUCGUCUUCUUCUUCUUCUUCUUCUUCUUCUUCUUCUUCUUCUUCUCCUUCUACUUCUUAUUCUUCUUCUUCUAUGUGAUUACGGGCUUAAUCCGAGGACUAUCCACCCAGGUUGUUAUUUUUUCAAAUUUUGUUGAGUGGAAAAGCUGCACCCUCGUGCGUCGGACUUCUGUCCUCACUCUUCCACUGCACUUGAUAAUUAGUUUAAAUAUUCUUCUGUAUUCUUGGCACAGAAUAUUUUAUUUAAUUUAUUAUUAUUUUUAAAGUCGGAUGGUUACUUUUACACUAGAUAUUUAGUGAUUGUUAUUUGACUUCAGGGCUCCCGAUUCGGAGACCGCCAUUUGAAUGUUGUCACGACGAUGUCCGAAUCGGAAGUCGUGUUUAGAUUAUAAUGUAACUAUAUAUUUCUACUUCUUUCUAUUCUAUUUAAUCUCUUACCAAAUUGCACUUCCAAUUUUAUAUUUAAUACCUUAUGAAAUUUCAGUUAAAAAUAUGUUAUAUUUUCUCUACUUUCUAAUUAGCAUUUAUAAAAGUUAUAUAUGUAUAUUUGGGAUAUAUUUGCAGUAUUAUUUUGUAUUACUAAGGGAUUCUUCAAGUAAUUGUCUGCUGUAAUAUACUCGUAUUGUAUGUUUCUAUCCAAUGUUGCCAGAUGUUACCAUUCGCCAAAUAUGUCACCGAUUUUAAAAUGUCGAUUUGGCUUUGAGAAUACGGAUAGUGUCAGUCGAUGGAUAUUUUGAUACACAAUAGUAGUAGACAAAGCUAUUCGAGAAUAGAGCCCCAGAUCUCGAUUCUUUUGUUUUCGGCGUUGCCAGAUUUAGAAUUUUGUCUUAUUUAAACUGUCGCAAUUUUUAUUCUGUCCUGCUCAUGAAUCGCAGAUAUUUGCAGUUUCCUUACUCUGUAAUCUAAGUGGUUGUAUAGAUUUUGGUAAAUUAAAGAAUACACGUCUGUGCUUCCUUUUUUGCCUUCUAUUUCUAUAUAAGUAUAAAAUAUUGCAUUGUUAGAAGAUAAAAAAUUAAUAAUGAAUGUAUAAACGGAUAACUUUCAACAAUAAUAUGCUUCAUUAGUCGAAAUGUUAGGCACAGCUUAAGUUUUUGGCAUAAUCAAUGCAGAUUGAUUGGAGUUCCAUUUUUUCCUACUUUCUAUGCGUCUAUUUUUCUUUUAUAAAAAAUAUCUGCUUUUGUCAGGUGAAGUUUCUGCUCUACUUCCAGUUUUUGUAUCCCUUUGAGAAUAUCUCCUUUCUCAAUAGCUUUUGAAAACUCAGAUUGCGUGUUAUUUAGUUUUGUUACAAAAUGAAUACGUAUCUGAACGGGGAUACUCAAAAGCGAUGUUUAAACCUUCUAUUAAACAUACCCCUAUAGCUAUCAUAGGAAAUGUUAGAAACAGGAUACUUUUCUUUAAACAUGUACAUUUUGGACAAGCUAAGAUCUUUGUUCAGACUGUAGUGACUGCUGCAUGACUUAAAAGAAGACAUUUGUUUGAUGACGAACUCUGCUGUUUCCUUUGUGAAUGCAUGCUUUCUAUUAGAAUGUUACCUCUGCAAUCAACUGAUUAGGUUAGGUUGAAAAUGAGAGGGAUGAUCUCGUUGCUUUCCUCGAGCCAGAUGGCUCAUAUCUAACUUAUAGUUCACCAUACAAGCCACGCCCUUUGAUGAAGGCCAUGGUUGAAUUGGGUGAGACUUGUUUAAAGUCAGUCGGGUGAAUCCGAAGAUCUUGGACCUAGUUAUUUUCAAAGCGGAGCAGGUACAUAAAAUGUGCUCUGCAGAUUCGUCUUCCUCGCUACAGAAUCGACAGUCUUAUCCUUUUCAUGUGGUUACCCAGUCAUCAGUCCAGUGAAAAUGUGUAGAUCUUUUCUACUCAAUUUCCGGAUCUAAACAGAGGCGUGCAAUCAACUGGAGCAGAGCUACUCAUUUUUAAUGCACGUUGUAUUGUUUUGGACUUUUUUACCUGUUAUUCCAUGCAUGAAUAUAAAAGCUUUGAAGCAUACUUGAUCAUCAGUACUAGAUUCAUAUUUUUUUCUUGUUGGACUUGAACUUUAUAUUGGUAUGUCGAUUCAGGAUUUACGGGGUCUUCGUCUCUAAACGGGAAUUAACGUAUCCUUUCGGACGGCGCGACAAACAACAACAGACGUGACGGCAAAUGAGACCAAGAACGAUCUCUUCACGUCUGAACACAUGCAAUUAUAUGAAAUACAUUUUUUUUAUCCAAAUUAGAAAGUAAACAAAGAAUAAAAACAAAUAAUAACAUUUUUAAUAUAUACUUAACGUACGGAAACAAAAAAAAGAGACCAAUGAAAAAUAAUAGGUAUGUCUUUUAGAUCAGUCUGAAUCAGAUAAUUCAAAUACGUUGUGUUUGGCAUGCAUGUUGUUUUUAUGAUGCCCUAUUAAUUCUUUGUUGCAAUUUAAAUAAAAGCAUAAUGGUUAUUUUGAGGUUUUUUUUAUGGAGCCAACCUACAGUAGUGGAUGCUUAUUAUGCUGCUUUUACAUCAGCAAAUUUACUAGAGAAAAUAUUCUUUGACGAUUUGCUAAAGAUUAGGCAAACUUAAUAAAUUAAAAUUUGUUAAGUUGGCGAAAACAGUAGAGUUUAUGCCUAAAACAGCAGAACAGAGACAAAAACAGUGGAUCUACUCUAAAACAGUAGGUCUGGCAACACUGAUCGUUCUCUCGAAUUGUCGUCUGAGGUUGUCGUGUCGCCGUCUCCUUGCUUUCCAAUGUGUGAAGCGUAACGUAAAUGCGUCUAUCUCCUUUGCCGUCGCGUCUGUUGUCGUCUGUCGCGCCUUUAAUGAUAAUAAGCCAGCAAGACCUUUGAUCGUUGUAACUGGGCAGUUCAUAAAACUUUUGAUAAAUUAUAUUUCGAGAAUCUUCACUUACUUGAGUAAAACUCUUUAACCUUUUUCAUCUACAAUCACAUUAGUUUGCAACCGAAUUUUUUUCGUAAUAUUACUUACUCGUUCUUUACGUUAACCUCACUUUCUUCCAUAUUUAUUAAACGCGUGGUCAAAAAAUACGCUUUCGACCAGUUGAAACAACAACUAAAAAUUAUUAUUUGCAGCAAAUAAAAUCGUCGUGUCGCAACGGAAAAGUGGACCUUGAGCGUUUCUCCCCCUGGCACGUGGAUAUUCCUCGUUUUUUCUUAGUAUAUCGUAUUUUUAAGUCAUCCUUACUUGUCUGUCAACGUUAUUUCAUCGUUUUAGUAUGGUACAAAACUACAUUUUGUCAUCAUUACUUUACUUUUGACCAAAUAUGGACUUUUAUCUAUCUUCCUCCUAACUCUUCAUACCGUCAUUCCGGGUGACUUGAGACUGUUUUAAUUUUGCACAAAGAUACUUCUAAAAAUAUUCGACUCAUUUACUGCUUAAAUACACAGGAUAAUGAGUCUUCACACGUAGAAUCAAUUUUAUUAAUUAAAUUUUAGUUAAGCACACGUUUUCAUAUGAUUAAAAAAAAAAUUGGCUUUCUCAAUUCAUACUCAUUUCCGGGUGACUUGAGACAACAACGUUUUUAGAUGCGCUGCUCAUGUUUUAACACCAAGAAGUUGACUUGAGACCUAAAGGAUCUUUUAAAAAAGUAAUGUGACUCUUAUACAUAAUUAUUUACAAAAUAAAACAAAAUAUUCCUUUAAAAUGUUCUUUACUUAUCUAAAACAUUGCUUAUAACAAAACAAACGAAAAGAUAAACAAAUAAACAGUAGAUGAGUAAUAGAAAACUAAAUUUCUAUGCCUUCCUCGUUUUAUGAAGUUUGGCUUCACCCGACAAAUAAUCUGAAUUCUAUUUAUGUCGAACGUAUCAGACACUUGUGGAAAUAUAAAAAUGUUUUUUCCAUUGGAACUUUUUCGCAAAAAUUUACAGCGAAGUAUGUUAUUGGGUUUCACUUCCAGAAUUUCUCCAAUAAAUUUUUUUGUGACUGUUUUCUUUCCUGGGGCGCUAUAAGAAAACCCUACCACGACGAAUUCUCCCACUUCAAUAUUUGUCAAAUUUUUCACAUUGUCUUUAAUCAAAGUCUUCUGGAGUGUCUGAGUUGUCAUGUGUAGACCAAAUCAGAGUCUGGGCCAUAGUCUGAUACUUUUGCUUUCUUUUGUUUUGUCUUGCGAAUUUUAUUUGCAAAUGAUGGAAGGGAUGUAUCAGACUCAUCCAUUUGAUAGUGGUUGAUUCGUCAGGUCUCUUGAAGUUGUAGGAAUUGGUUCCUGAUUUUCCUUGUUAGCAACUUCAACAUUGUUUUCUUCUACAUUCGUUACACUGUCACCCGCUUUACCAUUUAUUUUUUGUUCUCUGCCUCUUAGGUUCAGUUUCCUUUUUAUAAAGAUUUUGUAACACUAUUUCGAAAGCAUUAUCAAUUAGUGUUGUCCACGUUAGGAGUUACCAUAUAAUUAUUUGUUGGCAGUAAUUUCAGCACUGCAUUCCGAUUAAUAGGAUAAAUUGCACUGGCUCUAAAACCUGCUUGAAGAUUUCGCUUCGAAUUAUUGUUACUAUCAAGUUUAUUAAUACAUUUAUGCAAGAAGCUAGGAAAAACAUCUUUCGGCACAGUUCCUGUAUGCUUUAUUUUCCAGUCCAAUAAUACGUUUCGUCAGGCAGACUUGAGUGGUUUUAAAUUUGCCACAUCCAAUGACUGACAAACGUGAGUCAAGUUUGGUGGAUGCAAAAUGAAUUUAUAUUUUGUUCUAUACAGAUCUGAAUAACAUUUAUACUUAAAUGGCUAGUCAAAUUAUCCCCAAUCAGGGUUUUGUGGGCUUCCUUUGGAACAUUUUGAAGCGAUACCAGCAAACAUGACAGAAUGACUUGUCUUGGAUUAGUCGAUAAUUCUAUGAGCAUGUUUCGACCCACGUCGAGCAAUAACUUUGCUUUUUCCUGGGUCAUUUGAGGUAUUAGUUUCAUCAUAGUUAUCAAGAGAUGAGCCUCGAUUCCAUCGAGGUUUUUCAAGUUCAUCAAAAUAUGCGUUCACCGUAAUGUUUAUUUCUAUUCUAGUACGUUUAAUAUUGUCACACCAAGGAAUGCUCAAAAUUUGACGAUGUCUCUUCAAAAAACCGUAGAUCAAGUCUUUUCCAGGCCAGUUGUUACUAAAUUUUUGCACAGCUUGUCUAUCUAAAUAUAACUCAACUAAUGUUUUUAAGUCGUUAGCUGUAAAGGGAAAUCCCAACGACAAGCAACAUUUAUAUUAUCUAUUAUUCUCUGCUCUUCUUGUGAUGAUAAAAUUGUUUGACCAUCAUAAUUUUGCAUAUGGAUAUUAUUUACUUUCCGUUGGAUUGUAGCGCGGGCUAUUCCAUAUUCAAAAAGUUUUCUAUAGGAUUUACCCGUGCUUUUCCUUUCCGUCUUCAACAGCUAUCAGCAUAUCGUCGACUCCCAAAUGUUCUUUUAUAUUUACCCAUGUUAAACUGAAAAAUAAAUUAAAAAACAACUAAAUAACGACCUUAAAAAAACGUCUGGUGGCUAGGCGCCAUUUUGCAUUAGUUUAUAUAAAAAAAAUAAUAACAAAAAAUUAAAAUAACUUUCUAUGCCGCAAUAGAUACAUAAAAAAGUAAUUUAUUUGAUAAAAAAAAGUGUCAAUGAUAAAGUGUAGUUAGGUAAAGAAUUAUAAACAAAGUUUUGGCGAUUAUUUUGUAUCCUGGAAAUUACUUAAAACAAAAAAUCUAGCGCAAAAAAUCACUUCACUUGUUUAACAAUUCAAACGCUACUGAAACAGUUCGUAGAUGUCCAGUUCGGUGGACGUAGAUUCGUUUGAAAUGCAACAUUGCCGCGUUAAUUUAACGGAAUUUAGAAAGUUUCGUCUCAAGUCACCUAGAAUGACGGUAUAUUACAGCAAUGACAAAAAUUUUAUUAGAUAUUCUAUGUACUCUAUAAAAAAUUUUAUCCUCGUUAAUUAUUUCCCAGAAUGCUUUGAGUUUGUACUUUAUAUUUUAAAGUAGAUUCAUUAUGCUUUUUGAAAAUAGUAGUGGAAUGUUCUUCCGUUGGUUAAUUUUAGUAUUUUCUCUAUACUUUUGUCAGGAGUAUAUUUUAAUACAGCUUAUUUGUAUUAUUGCUCUAUCCUUUCCGGAAAUAGUAGGCUCACUUCUGGUGAUUAGUGGUAUAGAAGUCUAUAAAAUGAACGCGAAAGUCUGCAGUUUCCUUAUCUUCUAACAUAUUCUUUAUAUCGUUGCUUAAUGUAACUAUAAAAUCAGAUUCAGUUUCUUGUUGAAGUUUCAUAGUCUUAUAUACUUGGCUACGUUUUUCAUAUUUUAUUUAAAAGAACCGGGGGAUGCUUCAAAUUUUGAGAAGAUUUGAAAAGUUACACAAAGAGCGCAUCGCCGCGUGUAUCAUUUGAAUAGGACAUUUUUGCAAAUUAAAAGUUCAAGAAGUUUGAAAAAAAUGUAUAAUAAUUAUAUAAUGUUUUUAAAUAAAUCAUAAUUUUCAUCUAAAUAGUGUUCUGAAAAUUCUUCUUGACCGGGUUCAUCUAUUUGUGGCUUAAUUUGAAAUUGUGAUGCCACCUAUUGUAAAAACUUGGUGAUCACUUCUCCUUCAAGCUGACCUUCAGGAUUUAAGAUGGAUUCAUAGGAUGCUUGAUCCAGGUGUUCCGGAAGUUGAUUCAUCGAGAAAUUCAUAAUUGAUUGCUUAUUGAUUGAAAAGUGUGUUGAUAAACAACGGUAAUUUGAUAGAUAGACAUACAUUGGCACUUUAAUAUUCUAUAUCUCGGGAACCACAAAAGUAGGUACCAUGAUUUUGCUUCUCUAAGUGUCCCUAGCUUAUACAUGUAUGCAACAGGAAAUCCUCGUCUGUAUUUAUCAAUGACCAGUAGGGUCAUGUGUGCAAUCUACAGCUGUGAUGUUUUUUCCAAAAUAUUUUGAGAUUUGUUCAUGACAAACAAAAAUCAAUUAUUUCCAACUCUACCUCUUGUAUUAUCUCCAUUUGUCUUUUAUAAAAUAAAACAGGAUUAUCUUCUGUGCAUUAUGAAUAGCAUUCUUCAGUCCAUAAGAUCAUUAACAUGUCUUUUGCCAUCCCCAAUUUCAUUAUAUGAAGUUUUUAUAUUCCAAAUAUCUUUGGAUAUUAACAAAUCUAUUAUCUUAAGAUUUUUUUGUAUAUUGUCUCGUGCUGUUUCUAAUAUUCUGAAACAAAAUUGAUUCAAAAUAAGUGUGCCACAUUAUAAUCCUAACUUACUUUACUUGUUUGUUGCCGUUUAUUAAUUUUAACUCAAUCUUUUGUCGAUUUUCCUGAGAUAGGCUGUAUUUCAGUUUUAUAUUCAUAAUGAGUUCUUUGCCACUUAAUAAAUAAUUUAUCUGGUUUACUAAUAACAAUUUGUAAUAUAAUACCACUUCUCCAUUAGUUUCGACUUCAAUACGUAAUUUUUUAGAUACACAAUUCUAAAAAAAAAAAAAAAAAAAAAACAUUGAAAAUAUUUUUAUGUAGGGCUCCUAAUAAAGGACAUUGAUUAGGAACUUCAAACUAAGGUUAAGGGUCGAUUUUACGUACAUUUCUUCCCUUUCAAAAUUUAGAUUAUGCAUUUUUGUUAGGAGUAAUCAAUCCCUUAUUCUGCUGAAAGGAAUGAUUACAACCAUCCUCCAAACACUUUUGUCAAAAUAAACAGGUUUUUUUUUUUCCUGGGCUCGUCUGACUAUGUGUCUCCGAAUAACACUGAAGCCUAUUGGCUUAUUGUGUUUUACCCCAUGUUAGUUCAUAGCACCCACUCUAUCGCAUUUGUACCGUGUACAAGAAAAUAUACAGGUCCUGUCUUUAUAUUGUGAAAAUUUCAAAUGUUUGUUUAAAUUUGAUUGAUUCGAAUAAAUACUAUUGCACGCACAUAAAACGCCAUAAUUAACGCCAUAACUUAAAUUUAAAAAUCAACGCAAUUAUUUUACCAAAAACAAAUUAAAGUGAAAGCCAACGAGCUAAAUUAUAAUAUCGACAUAAUCUUACAUUUUUUUAAACUAUAAUUUGGUUUUUCUACUAACCCCUGUGCACUGAUAUGGAUUGACUUGGGCUCUUUAGCCUCUUCAGAAAUUAGAGCUACAAAAAUUGUAAUUAAAGUUUUAUAUAUUGUACGCUUGAACGUAAUUUUAAGUUAAUUUAGUUAUGAAUAUCUUUCUUUUUAUCGCGAAUGUGGUUGUUUUUCGUUUCAUUUACUGGUUCUGUUAAAUAUAAUAAUUAAGUUUAUUAUUGCGUUG